AAAAAACUCAACAAUAAAGUCUGUGGAACAGAAACCCUUAGAGGCAUCGAGAACGCGCACCCCUGAGCGUCUGUCGAAUUCCCCAACAUUCGUGUCAUUAGUGAAAGGAUUAGCUUGGUUACUUGGCUACAACACCAAAUCUUCUACGGCGAUCCGUGAGACGCGAAAUCCAUACGCGCUAUGUGCCGAACGCGACACGAUGGAGUCAAAGUUCCUUCACGAAGAGUGUAAACUUCCGCCCACAUAUCAGACGUGGUUUCAAAUAACAAACCUUCAUGUUUGGCUCCUCACAGCACGAUACCGAGCCCUCCCUCCUUCCCAUGGCCGGCUAUAUGUGCAGGAGCUUGUUAAUCACUUCUUUCUCGAUGUUGAGCACCGGAUGCGCUAUACGUUGAGUCACAAGGCCCCCGAGCGCGUGAUCAAAGGAUACAUGACCGAGAUGCGGGACCAGUGGUCCGGAGCAGGACUUUCGUUUGACCUUGGACUCGUGGGCUCCGAUGCUGAGCUCAGUGGGGCCGUGUGGCGAAACGUUUUUGCAGCCAGGGGCUUGGACGGCAAAGGGGAAGUUAUAGCGCGACCAGGGAAACAAGGGGCGGCACGAGGUUUGGUCGACCUCCCUUUCCAUCUUUAUGUCUUUACGGCAUACAUUCGUGGGGAGCUGGUUCGCUUGCAGAACAUAUCAGACGACGACGUCAUGGCCGGCCGCGUGGGCUACUUUGGUAGCAUUGAAAGUUAUAUUCGCGCCAUUGAACGGGAUUUUGAAAUGGAAUCGGAGGAAAGAGCCUUAUUAGGUCUGGAUGCGGACGUUCUAGGGUAUUCUUCUCCUGAAGAUGGCGGGAACCCUUUGGCACAGAAAGCCCUGGGCGCUCAAAAGGGAAGCAGCUCGCUAAGGCGUCCGGAUGACCCUUGAGAAUCCAAGGCAUGCAACUCGUGUAUCUCUAUAAGGCACCAUAUUAUCAUUCAUUGCAAACCACAUUAUCCAAAACUAUGGGCAACAGUUGGUUAAUCCCAUGCUAAUCUAAAUGUUGACCUUUUUUUCGGGACCAACGACAAGUAAAUGAAAACAGAACAGCUGAAAGACUCCAUUCUUCGUUCGUACUUUCUUCAUUAACACAUAAACCAAUGGGGAAUUUUGAAUUCGAGGAUCGGAAAGCGGAAAAAGAAAAUUCG